AUGCCUGGAAUUCAUGUAAAAGACAAACCGGCAGCUUUUCUCAGAAAGUCCAGGAAGCUGAAAGUCCCCAAACGGGUGGGGCAGUCAAGCUGGCCAAGCACAGACAACUUUAUUCCUAUGAUAAAAACUGGUUCCUACCCAAGUUGCUCCCACAGUCCAGCACCUAUACCUUCAGGGCAGGCUAGAGUUGGCUCCAUGGCCGAGAGAAAGGACAUCGGGAGAGGCUCUUGGGGUAUGGCCACCCAGGAGCGGAAAAGAGCAAAAAAGGAUCAAGAUGGAAGCCCCAAGCUAACACCUUGGGGACAGAGAGUUCUGGACGGAACAGGUGGCAGCUGUCAACAAGAGGGAGAGAACAAAAGAUGCUAG